UACGAUGUAGUUGGUCAGUUGUCUUCCGGAGCCACGAUUUGGAGUCUUUGAGUUUGAGUUUGGUACCAGUACAGUGGCAGUUGCAGUGCUAGGUGAGAGAGUGUCGUGCAUGCACACGCCAAAAAGACGUGUCGUUCCCUGCUAGCUGCAGCCUUCUAGAUCAGUUUCCGGCCAGGGAGGAUUGCAGUGCCGACGACAUCACUCUCUCCCGUGCUGGCGUAAAGACCUUGGCUAGUUGCUUGUCAUCGACGCACCUGUGCAUGUGGAUCGAGGAAGCGCGCGCGAUAAAGUGAAAAAAACUAUAUCCUAGCCAUCUCCCGUCCCGUGCACGCCAUCCGUUUGUGCGGGAGUACGAGCGUGUUCGUGUGGCUGCUAGCCUUCAUACUAUCACCACCGGCACCAGUUCACACCGACGACCCGAAUACCCGUGUUAGCCUGGCAGUGAUGCUCCGGACGCACGAAAGCGUUAUGCUGAAGAAAUAGGUUAGUGCACAAGACACGGAGGCCACAGUAUCGAGAUCCCUGAAAUGGAUCAAGGUGAUCUAAAUGAGCAGAGUGGAAAGAAGGGUGCUGCACACACCAGUAAACUAUACCCGCAAGAGAGUUGUCCUGGUCCCGAGAAAGGUAUGGAGCCAUUAGCCCGUCACGGUCCUCGCCGGCAGACAGCACCCACGGACAGGGAUCUGUUCGUCGUCAAAGAAAUGCAACGUCGGAUCAGCGCUUUACGGCUGAAGGCGAUAGGCUCACUGCGCGGUUCCAGUUAUCGCCUACGAUCAUUGCCUACACCCACCAGCAAUGCACCUAGCACACCAUCUACUCCGUGCAGCAGCAGCACCAGGCCCCACAGCAGCCACCAUCAUAAUGGCAGCACUUCAGCUGUAGAAGAGAGGGUACGUAGCCUCUUGGAUGCUGCCAAGCGCUGGGCCACUGCGCGUACCAACUCAGUUGAGUUGGCCGUCGCUUGGGCGUCAGAAGACGAACUGGACGCGGAGGAUGAUUCUUUUUCCAUGGGUCCCACAUCAGCCGGUACAUCGUCAUUCGUCGAUUCGCGUGGAGUACGCAUGGUUCGUAGGCAACCCCAGCUACCUGGUGUUGAACACUGGGGCGACAUAUUGAAUUCGGUAGCUCCGGCCACUGGCAGAAAUGAGGCGCCCUUAGCUUCCAUACGGCUCGCUGCCUCUGGAAAGGGCCAGCGCAGCGUCGGCAGUCCGAACAGAAGCGCAGCAAGUACAAAUGCGACGGCUGCCUGUAGCGCAGAAUCUCCUCUGGCAGUAGCAGCAACAGCUACCAGUACCAAUAGUAAUCUGGCUCCAAUCGACACUACCGACGGUGCGGCAGUCGGCACGGUGGAGGUCGAGCCGAGAGAAUCUGUGGGUGCUGCUACUGCCGACUCGGCAGUAAGCAGUGAUCACUUGAAGCCCUGGAGAAACGCAACCACCGCCAGACGCCCGACCGACAUCGACAGCGGCAGCAGUAGUGAUGAAGAAAGUCCGGAGGAUCGAAAGAAGAGAAAAGCCCGGCACGGUUGGGAUAUUAUUCGAAAGACAGUAUACGCGAUCAGCCCUUUUCUUAGGAUAUACCGGUCCAAGGUGGGCUGGGUGCAGAUUGCCGGCCAUUGUGGGAGCUUCCUUCCUGGUGAUGUAAAUGGCACGAUAUUGAAGAGAGAAACGCCCCGUGAGCUCAAGGCCUUUCAGCAGCUGCAGGACGAUUCCCUGGCAAAAUUUGUUCCCACAUUUUACCAGUCGGUCGCCGUGGAAGGAUCUGGUACAUAUCUGCGAAUGCAAGACCUACUGGCAGACAUGCAGGCCCCGAUAGUUAUGGACGUAAAGAUGGGAACCAGAACUUACUUGGAAGAUGAAAUAAAGCCCGGUGAGAAACCAUCGUAUAGAUCGGAUCUGUACAAGAAGAUGAUUUCCGUUGACGCUAGUGCACCGACUGAAGAGGAAAAGGAACGCAAAGGAAUCACCAAAGCAAGAUACAUGCAGUUUAGAGAACAGAUGAGCUCAUCUGCAACACUUGGAUUCAGAAUAGAUGGAAUAAAGCUUCAAACCGGCCUGCCGAUGCGGGAUUUCAAGAGCGUCCGCGAGGAGUGUGAUGUGGAAAACCGAUUCCUUCAGUACCUGCAUGGCAAUACGAAGUUAUGGGCAAACUGUUUACAUGAGCUGACUGCUUUCAGAUUGGCGUGUAGUGAUUCAAACUUUCUGAAGAACCACGAGGUCAUCGGCAGCUCGCUGUUGUUUGUCGGUGAGCCAGAGACCGGCAAUGCCGGAGUGUGGAUGAUCGACUUUGGCAAGACGUGCGAACUGCACGAGGAAAUCGGUGUGGAUCACUUCAGCCAAUGGGAGGUGGGUAACCAUGAGGAUGGUUACCUGCACGGCCUGGACAACCUAAUACGCAUCUGGAUUGGUCUACAUGACCGGGUAGUGGAAACUGCUUUUGAAGAGGCACUGAGUAAAGGCGCUCAAACCACGACUACUCUAACGAAUGGAGUAGCUCCGGAGGGUGAAUGCCUGAAGAGUGAACGCCCGCAGGAUCAAAGCCCGCAGGGUGAAAGCCCGCAGGGUGAAAGCCCGCAGCUAUCGACAGUACAGGAAGCACAGGAAACACCGCCGCCAGCGGCAGCUGCGACCGAGCCAAAUAGCCCCUCGCCGUGUACCUCCUCCGAGUCCUAAUCUUGUUGAGUAUGUGUGUGUGAUCUCCCGUGUUGCUGGCCACCUGUUAACAUGCAGCCACUGCUUGCCUGCUGACAUUGACUACUCAGCAGAGCAAUGCGGAAAGAAAAAUGUUCACGUUCUAGAAAUUUGCCCAGAACUUCUCCUGACCUGUGAUUACAGUGUAGGCUAGGUAGUGUCAUGCCACUGCUGCAGAAUCACUGCAGAGUAGAUGUGUGUAGCCGUUUUAGUCUCGAGCAACGUCCGCCGUUGUGUGUUUCCACCAGUCCUUCGUCCUGCAAACCUUCUUUUUCUCUGUCCUGCCAUCAGUACGUAUAUUCUCCCACUCUAUGACAAAGACACUUACUGAAAUUGACAGGACUGCAGACCUCGUUUCAGCGUUGAUGAAAAUUUACUCUACGUUUUCUCCAUCUGUGUGGGUAUGUGAAAGAAUUGUUAUAACUUAUUCUAGGACACAUCAAUGAGUUCUCUUCUGGAAGUUAUUUCCUUCCCUGGCUGGUGUACGCACGUAUAAUAUCACAAUGUCAUCAUUUUCCUCUCUUAGGUGAUCUCCGGUUUGUGGAAGUAUUGUCCUGAUCGCAAGACAUUUUUCUCCGUUAUCCUUGUACUUCUUUUGUACACGUGCAUGCUUUCUCGUCCAUAGUAUCGUGUCGCGUUGUCGGGUGCAGACCCAUCAGGCUGUAGGAUGUGUUUUUCGUAUCUUCACUGGCAAAUUAUCUCGUACUUAACUCUGGUAGCCUUAGCCUGGUGGCCAGCAAGGCCUGUCUCUCAACCUGGGACUAGUAUAGUGCGUUUGGCCUUGUAACUAUCAACCCUGCCCUGCCCAACGGUGCACUAUGUAUUGUCUAGUUGUUUGGCCUCUACUCUCUACUCUCUAGUAGCCGCUUCUUUAUUUCUUACCCGUCCCCUGGCGUUACUUUCUUUUUAAAGUUUUCAUCCUUUCUUCAUCGCGCUCUCCAAACCCUCUGCCAGGUUUCUGGUUUGCCGUGAACUUGAUUGUUGAGCUCGUGUCAUCGACCUGUUGAUUAUUGUUGCUAUUGUUAAUUUUGCGGCUGCGUCUCCCCGGACAGGCCGUUUAUGUUUUACACGCACCGUUUAUAUUAUUCAUGUGAGAUAUGUCCUAGAAACGAA